CUCAUUUAAAUGAACACAAUGCACACUGUUGAAACAAAUAUUUUCUGUGAGUUGUAAAGUUCCUUUAUGCAUAAUAUUUGAGACUUUCCUCAAAAACAGUUCCUUUCUGAAUACACGAAUACUGGCCACACACACAGAUGAGGAACACAACGCAGGAGAGUCGACAUCGUGACAAUACCGAAACUCUCCAAAAGUGUAAAUGGAAAUAUAGAAAAACUUGGGAAAUGUACAGAGAAGAUGGGAAUAGCAACUGAAAACAUCUAUGAAAAUUAUAAUGUUGCAAGCGGUAAGUUUGAAAAAGAGACCACGGACUGUAACACAAUGAGAAUCCAGUCAUCUGAACUCACAGGAGCUGAAGGUGUGAAGAUCAGAAGCUCCAGAGCAGCUGCAGUGAGUUUGAUGCUCCUGUGUGUUCUUCUGCUGACCGCAGUCAUAGUGCUGUGUGUCAUGUUCACUCGAGAGAGACAGCGGCUCAUAUCCAAGAAUGACAACCUCACUGAUGAGAAAGACCAGCUAAAACAGGAGAAAAGCGAUCUUCAGAGGAGUCUUGGUAAAAUGGAUGGAUGGAUUUACUAUCAGUCCAGUCUUUACUUCAUUUCCUCUGAGAUGAAGAGCUGGAAUGAGAGCAGAAGAUACUGUAGAGACAGAGGAGCAGACCUGAUCAUCAUCAACAACACAAUGGAACAAGAGUUUGUGAACAGGAUUUCUGGUUAUGUACAAGUCUGGAUUGGCCUGAAUAAAGUGGAGGGCAGAUGGAAAUGGGUUGAUGGCAGCGCACCAAACUCUGAGUCCUGUGUAUAUGGAGAGCCAAAUGGAUGUAUAAGACAGUACUGUGCUCUAAGUUAUUACACAUGGUGGCAUUAUGCUUUAUGUGAUAAUGCUUAUAGAUGGAUCUGUGAGAAGAGUAUUUGACCCAAUAUACUGCACUAGAAACAUAAUACACUUUGUUAUAUCCAAAUUUAUCAUUGCAAUCAUUUCUUGAACUGCUGAUGAAAAUUAAAGGGGUGGUUCAGUGGUUUUUUUCCAGGCUUGAUUGUGUUUUUGGGGCGCAGUUUAACAUGUCUUAAUGCUAACAGAAGUAACCUUUAUUCUACACCUCUGUUUCCACUGUCAUAUGAACGGCUCGUUUGACUUCCUGGUUGUAUGAUACCACUCCAUAGACAUCUUUUGGAGAAGUAACAGUUAUGCAGAUGCUGUGCGACAUGGCCUCGCCCACUUUGUUGCGUUUUCCCGGUGGUGUGUUUUGUAGGGUUUAUGAUGUCACCAACCCGUUGUAGUCCAAACCGGUCGUUUUUGUAGGCAUUAAACCUCCAUAACUUUAAAAGACAAUAUCUCCAUUUGCAUUGAACUUUCAGCGCUGUAACUUUGC